AUCUCCAACGGUUACAUUCUCUCCCUUCUUCUUUCUCAAGAUUCUUGCGUCUCCUCUGUAUCUUUUCGUCUUCGUCUUCUUCGUCGUCGUCGUCAUCGUCGUUGCUGAAACAAUGGAGCCUGCGAAGAUCGAUUGGAAGAGAAUCGACUCUCGCUUCGUCGAAGAUGUAUUGUACGAACACAUCCAAGCUCCCAAAUGGUUCGAUUUCUUGAGCCCUGACGACUACGAAGUCGACGCCGACGCUUGGUUCUGCAGACCUGAUUGUGAUCAUGCCAAGAGAGCUGAGGACUUCCUCACAUUCAACCCGGUGACUCCGAAGCUUCCAAGUAGCGGGGCCGCAGCUAGAGAUAUGAAGCAGAGUGAUGCGAAAUCGAGGAAGAAUGCACAGACUAUUCCACCAUCAACUCCGAACAAUGACCAUAGCGAAAACCAGAACCCUAAUUUCGCUACGCCACCUCCGAGCCACCAAACAAGAUCCUGGAGAUCAGCACUUAAAUCAAGUUCAGUCAAAAAGACGACGAAUACUCACGACAAGCUUCGGGACGAAGCGGCGCCGAGACUAAAGAGCACAUUGUCGGCGAGAAAUCUAUUUGCCGGGAGGGACAUACUUGGACAUAUCUCUGAGUUCUGCCACGAGUUGAAGAGACUGGCGACAAGAGUGACUGAGAGAGAGGAAGCUGUCGUAAAGCCAAAUACUAAGAAAACCCAAGUGGGUGAAACGAAUGAACAUUGCAGUGAAGCUGAAACGGAGGCGAGAAAGCAAAGAACGCCAUUGAUGGAAGUGGGUAAAGAGAAGCUUGAAGAGAUGACAGAGAGGGGAAGCAGUGGGAAGGAGAAGCGUAGAAGGAAGAAGAGAGCUGAUGAAGCAGAGAACAUCAUCCCCAUGGCUAUGAAUCUGGAGAACGUGAAGAACAAAGGAGAGGAGCUAAGUUUACUGCAAAUCAGGACCAAUCCUCCAUCUCCUCAAUGCUUCUCUGCAACUAAAGCAGUUUAUUCGAAGAAGCCCUCGAGAUCCAAACCUAUGGAAAGGGGAGUCCUUCAAGAGAGGGGAGCAGAGGAGAGGAGGGAGAAGAAGAGCUCGUCGUUAAUGGCGGCCUCGGGUCCUGAAGAAGAAGAAGGGAAAGAAGGGAGAGUGUUGGAUGUGCUUUGGUUCCUAAAGCCUUGCACUUUUGCAUCAUGAACACUCUGAUUUAGUCUCAAAUCCUUCUUACAGAACACAGAACACACACAAACAACCUCUGCAUGUGUUACUUGAGUAAGUAGCGCAAGUUCUUUGAUACCUUUGUACUGUGUAAUUAGGGUGAUGUAAUAAUAAUAAUUCAUGUAAGGUGUUCUUCCUUUUAAGCAUAUUUUUCCAAAAAGAAAAAUCAGGUCUUUAAGUAUA